CCAGGGCUGCCAGGGUGGUGAGUCCAAACCUCUCUGAGCGCUCACUGCAAGGGGACAGAGCCAGCACCUCCUGCACAAUGACGCUGACCCAAGCCGAGAAAGCCGCCGUGGUCACCAUCUGGGCCAAGGUGGCCACCCAAGCUGAUGCCAUUGGGGCAGAAUCACUGGAGAGGCUUUUCUUCAGCUACCCCCAGACAAAAACUUACUUCCCUCACUUUGAUCUGAGCCAAGGCUCAGCUCAGCUCCGUGGCCACGGCUCCAAAGUCAUGAAUGCUGUUGGGGAAGCUGUGAAGCACAUUGAUAACAUCCGAGGGGCUUUGGCCAAGCUCAGCGAGCUGCACGCUUACAUCCUCAGGGUGGACCCCGUCAACUUCAAGCUGCUUUCCCACUGUAUCCUGUGCUCUGUGGCUGCCCACUAUCCCAGUGACUUCACCCCAGAAGUUCAUGCUGCGUGGGACAAGUUCCUGGCCAGUGUUUCCUCUGUUCUGACAGAGAAGUACAGAUAAAUGACCUCAAAAGAGGGUGAGGGAUGCCCAUCCACAGCCCAGCCCUGCUGCCACAGGCUCUGGUGUAUCAGCUCUUCCUGAGCAGUUCUUUAAAUCCCUGCUGCAGGAGCUCAGUCAUCUUCAAAACCCAAUAAAUAAUUCAAAUGUGA